AUGCCUGUGGCGGGUUUUCAUCAUGACAUGUUCAUCACUGAGAAUUACAUGGUGAUGAUCGACGGUGCCAUGUCCUUCACUCCACAGGAGGCCAUCAAGGGCAAACAACUCUGGAUGUUCGACCAGGCCAGAAAACUUCGCUUUGGCAUCUUCGACCGCUCCAAAGAGCUGACAAAGGCAAACCUUCAGUGGAUUGAGGCCGAUGUCGCAGCGGAGCUGCUCGGCAAACCUUGGAUGGCUAGUCACUAG